AUGAAGCAGUUUCAACAGUAGUUGAAAAAUUUAGAUGAGGUAUUCAAAAUAUUAUAUCAUCAAUUAGAUUAUUUAAAAUAACAAGAAUAGUAUUAAUUUUAUGAGAAAGAUUGCAUAAGAAUAUUAAAUUAUGCUAAAAAGAAUGAUCCAGGAGUUUAUUUCAGAUUUCUUAAUUUUAUAAAUAAAAAAAUAUAUACUGAAAUCCAGUUUGAACUAUGAAAAAUUGUUAAGAUUUAAAUCUAAAAUAAAAACAUCAUCAAUUAAUUAAAAAGUAGAGUAAAUAAGAUCAUUUUUGCUCUGA